AUGGGCACCGGUGUUGCAACGGCUCGUGCUGGAAGUGGUGAAGAUAUUAUCAAUGCAGAAAGACAACUCUCAGUGCUUCAGAAUGCGAAAAGACAUUGGCGAGCUCUGCUCAUAGCUUCGGUAGCCUUCUCCGCCGGCAUCGUCUUCGCCUACGACACAGUGACCAACGGAGCCUCGAUCUCGAUGCCUUCAUUUCUGCUUUAUUUUGGCGAAAUUGGACCGACAGGACCCUAUCUCCCCUCCAUCUGGACCUCGUUGUGGACGGCAAUGUCUUCACUCACGCAGGCCCUCGGUGCCAUUCUAGUCGGAUUCGUCUCUGAUCGAUAUGGGCGGAAGUGGCCAUCCUGCGGCGCAGCUGUCUUGACCUUGGUCGGGGCCGCGAUGCAGUAUGUCGCUGUACCACGUGCAACUCUGAUGGGAGGCAAGAUGAUUUCUGGCCUGGGUAUUGGGGCUGUAAUGGCUACCGCUACCACGUACAUUGGUGAAGUGUCGCCUCUGAAACUUCGUCCGCCCUUACAAACAUGUUUCGUUGUCUUUGUCCUUCUUACUCAAGGCCUGGCAUUGGGUGUAAUCCGCAUCUUCGUUCCCGAUAUCCGAGAGCAAGCAUUCAGGACGGUCAUUGCUAUACAGUGGGCCGUUGGUGGUUUAGCGGUUAUUACCUGGGCUGUGGCCCCAGAGUCCCCUAUCUAUUUGAUCAAGAAAGGCAAAAUCGAAGCUGCACGAAAGGUCAUGCAUAAGAUCUGCGGCCCCAAUAAUCCAGAUGAGCGCCUCGGAUACGAGAUUCAAGCGAUUCGCGCGGAACAAGAACUCGAAAUGAAUAACAACGCUACAUACGCAUCGUGUCUCCAGGGCCAUAACCGAAAGAGAGCUUUGACCAACGUCUAUUUCCUCAUUACUGCCGGUCUCGAGGCAGAUUACUCGUUCGACAUCGGCAUCGGCGGCUUUGGUCUUGCCCGUAUAAGUCGACGAAAUGUGGUGCUGCUAGGCCUCGUUGUCAACCUGCUUUUCAUGGUGAUUAUCGGCGCGCUUUACUGGGUUCUAAACAAGGGCGCCCUCUGGGCAAUUGCUGUCCUGAUGAACCUUCUCAUCUCUAUACAGGCGGCCUUUCUUAAAGGUGCUGGUGGGCCUAUCGCUGCCGAGAUCCCAUCGUACGCGCUUCGUGCAAAGACACUAUCGAUCGGCAUUUGUGCGCAGACCUUCACAACUUGGUUGUUCAACUUUAUCACUCUUUACAUGUAUAACGUUGACUCCCGCAAUCUCGGAGCUCGCACCGGGUUCAUCUAUGCUGGUACAUCCGUAUUCUUGUUGGCAGGAGCAUGGUUCCUUGUGCCAGACACCACGGGUAUGACGACGGAGGAAAUCGACAGGGCUUAUGAAUUAGAGUUGGCACCCAGAAGGUUCCAAAAGCAAGCUUUGCCAUUCGUUGAUCGUCAUGUUCUCAAAAUCUCAUUAGCUUAGUAUUACUCUUUCGUUCUUUAUGUUCUUCGCAACCCCGAAGGGUUGUGGCUUUUGCCCAAGCUGCGUCAGGCUCCUGUGUAGACCGCUUGCAUGACCUCUCUCAUGAUUAGUCGGCUCUUGUGUAUUACCCCACUCAGGAGAGCUAGAAGGUAUCCCUCCUCUUACAGCGCACACGGCAGCAAAAUCCAACGUCGGGUAGCCGCACCUCUCUGGCCUCUUUACACACACCCUGGACGUGGCUAUGAUGAUGGCCAACGAUAUACACAGAAUGAUACCUGCCACUGUGACAAAGAACCACCUGCUGAUA